AUGGAGAAAUUGUUAAAUCUUCAAAAUGAAAAUGCAAGACUCUCGGAAAGGAUAAUGACUCUUGAAAAACGUUGGGAAAGGCAAUCGAGCGUUUCAGCCCAUGUAAGACUAUCUAAGACAACACCCCUCAGUGGCACUGAAAGAGUCAUGUACGAUUUGGAAAUAUCAAACAUUGGCGGAGCAUACGAUUUCCAAAAUGGACAGUUUAUCGCACCUGUUGCCGGUGUCUAUAUGUUUCGUGUGACCUUAUGCCUAUUCGCAAACAAUCAAUGGAUGGAUCUUAACAUUGUUAAGAACGAUUACGUGAUUGGCAGGGUGUUUUCUGUGGACAACAAGUACCAUACCUGUGGUUCGGAAGGUUUGAGCAUUCAUUUGGACGCAGAUGAUAAGGUGUGGGUACAACGAGCAUUUGGGACGUCUACUAGUUUGAACCAAGACCACGGAUGGAAUUCGUUUACAGCUAUUCUCAUACAUGCUGAUUAA